UCCUCCCUCCUCUUCCUCGCUCGCCGUUCUGGACCGCCGGAGCUACUGCGAUCGGGCCGUUCGAGACCCCGCACGGCGGGCGAGUCCCCCGCUCGCACCUGGGGGGAAGCCCGAGAAGCAGCGGCCGGCUGCGCCCCCCCCCCGCCUCCCUCCCUCUCUGCCUGCUUGGCUUCCCCCCUCCCCCUCCCUCCCCCUCCCUUCUCCAGCCCCACCGCUCCGUCGCCUUUUCCUAAAUAAGGUUCGGCAUCGCCGCUCGUCCCAUCCAGGCGGAGACCCCGGCUCGGGGAGGGGGCUCCAGGGACUCUAGAGACCCCCCAUCCCGUCCGGCCCGGAUUCCCACCGAGAAGAAUCAAGGGCGCCCCAGAGGAGCGGGGCUAGGGGGGGCUGGGGAGAGGGUCUUCCUUGCCUCGCCCCCCCCUCCCCACCUUGAGGUCGCGGCUCGGGGUGAGGCCCCAGCGCUGGGCCGGCCGGGGGUCGCCGCUGUCGGGGGUCCUGGAGGCGCGUGGGGACGAGGGGCGGGCGACCCUCCCCCAUGGGCUUACAGCAUGCCGGUCCGGCGGGGGCACGUGGCCCCCCAGAACACCUUCCUCGACACCAUCAUCCGAAAGUUUGAGGGGCAAAGCCGCAAGUUCAUCAUCGCCAACGCCCGUGUGGAGAACUGCGCCAUCAUCUACUGCAACGAUGGGUUUUGUGAUCUCUGCGGCUACACCCGGGCCGAGGUCAUGCAGAAGCCGUGCACCUGCGACUUCCUGUACGGGCCUCGCACCCAGACCAGCUCCACGGUACAGAUCACCCAGGCCCUGCUGGGCUCCGAGGAGCGGAAGGUGGAGAUCUGCUUCUAUCGGAAGGACGGCAGCUGCUUCCUGUGCCUGGUGGAUGUGGUGCCGGUGAAGAACGAGGAGGGUGCCGUCAUCAUGUUCAUCCUCAACUUCGAGGUGGUGGUGGACCGGGCCCUGCUCACCAGCUCGGCCAAGAACACCAACCACUGGGUGUCGCCCGCCGCCUGGUUGCCCACAGGCCGCGGGAAAUCCUUCCGGCUGAAGCUGCCGGCACUGCUGGCCCUGGCCGGGAGCAAGCAGUCGCUGCCGCCGGAUGAGCCAGAUGAAGCCGUGGUGGUGGACCUGUCCAAGCCCAGCAGUGAGUCCGUGGCUCUGGACGAAGUCACCUCCUCCCUGGACCACGCCUGCCUGGGCUGCGAGGAAGAGGAGGAGGAGGAGCCGGAGCCAGAGGACCGGCGUGCCUUGAUGGAGCACAGGGGGGACGGCAGAGAGGACCCCCCGGUCACACACUCCUCGCCACGAAUGGACAAGGCCACCCUCCUCCACCUGGAGGCCUCCUUCUCCAACUGCAGCCUGACCCGCAGCCGCUCGCGCGAGAGCUUCUACAGCGUGCGCCGGGCGUCCUCGGUGGACGACAUCGAGGCCAUGAAGGGCGAAGGGGAGAAAGGCUGGGCCCACAGCCGGCAUGCCAGCACAGGGGCCAUGAACAACGCCCGGAGCCACCUGCUCAACUCCACCUCCGAUUCGGACCUCAUGCGUUACCGGGCGAUCAGCAAGAUCCCUCAGAUCACCCUCAACUUUGUGGACUUCAAGGCCGAGGCCUUCCUGACCUCCCCCUCCAGCGAGAAGGAGAUCAUCGCCCCCAGCAAGCUGAAGGACCGCACCCACAACGUCACAGAGAAGGUCACCCAGGUGCUGUCGCUGGGCGCCGAUGUCCUCCCGGAAUACAAGCUGCAAGCUCCCCGCAUCCAUAAGUGGACCAUUCUGCACUACAGCCCCUUCAAGGCAGUCUGGGAUUGGCUGAUCCUGCUGCUGGUCAUCUACACGGCCAUCUUCACCCCGUACUCGGCCGCCUUCCUGCUGAACAACCCGGAGGGCCGGGACCAACGGCCCUGCAGCUACUCCUGCAGCCCCCUCAACGUGGUGGACCUGAUCGUCGACAUCAUGUUCAUCAUCGACAUCCUGAUCAACUUCCGCACCACCUACGUCAACACCAACGAAGAGGUGGUCAGCCACCCGGCCAAGAUCGCCAUCCACUACUUCAAGGGCUGGUUCCUGAUCGACAUGGUGGCGGCCAUUCCCUUCGACCUGCUCAUCUUCGGCUCCGGCUCGGAAGAGACCACCACCCUGAUUGGGCUGCUGAAGACGGCCCGGCUGCUGCGCCUGGUGCGCGUGGCCCGCAAGCUGGACCGUUACUCGGAGUAUGGCGCGGCGGUGCUCUUCCUGCUGAUGUGCACCUUCGCCCUGAUCGCCCACUGGCUGGCCUGCAUCUGGUAUGCCAUCGGCAACAUGGAGGGCAAGACCAUCGGCUGGCUGCACUCACUGGGUGGGCAGAUCGGCAAGCCCUUCAAUGAAAGCACAUCGCACCUUGGCCCCAGCAUCAAGGACAAGUACAUCACCGCCCUCUACUUCACCUUCAGCAGCCUCACCAGCGUCGGUUUUGGCAAUGUGUCGCCCAACACCAACCCUGAAAAGAUUUUCUCCAUCUGCGUCAUGCUGAUCGGCUCACUGAUGUACGCCAGCAUCUUUGGGAACGUCUCGGCCAUCAUCCAGCGGCUGUACUCUGGCACCGCACGCUACCACACCCAGAUGCUGCGGGUGCGAGAGUUCAUCCGCUUCCACCAAAUCCCCAACCCCUUACGCCAGCGCCUAGAAGAAUAUUUCCAACACGCCUGGUCGUACACCAACGGCAUCGACAUGAAUGCGGUGCUGAAGGGAUUCCCCGAGUGCCUGCAAGCCGACAUCUGCCUGCACCUGAACCGCACCCUGCUGCAGAACUGCCGUCCCUUCCGGGGCGCCAGUAAGGGCUGCCUGCGCGCCUUGGCCAUGAAGUUCAAGACCACCCACGCCCCACCCGGGGACACCCUGGUGCACGCCGGAGACGUCCUCACUGCCCUCUACUUCAUCUCCCGCGGCUCCAUCGAAAUCCUCCGAGGAGACGUGGUGGUGGCCAUCCUAGGGAAGAACGAUAUUUUUGGGGAGCCGCUCAACCUCUAUGCGCGGCCCGGCAAGUCUAAUGCCGAUGUGCGAGCCCUGACGUACUGUGACCUGCACAAGAUCCACCGGGAAGAUCUCCUGGAGGUGCUGGACAUGUACCCGGAGUUCUCUGACCAUUUCUGGUCCAACCUGGAGAUCACGUUCAAUCUGCGAGAUACAAACAUGAUCCCGGGUUCGCCUGGCAGUGAGGAGAUGAAUGAGGGCUUCAACCGGAUGCGGCGGCGCAAACUCUCCUUCCGACGGCGCACCGAGAAAGAUGAACACCUGGGGGAAUCGAGGUCCCAGCCCAAGGUGCUGCACAUGGGCCAGAACUGCCAGGCUCCUGCUGCCGCCAGGUGGGAGCCCUGCCUCAGCAGUUCAGCCAUGUCUAGCCCGCCUCUAGUGACGAGGAGGAGACCACCCGUCCCCAUCUCCAGGGCCACGGAGUUGUCGCCUUUUCCAUGUGACCAUGGGACCCCUGGCUGUUCCGCCCUCCGCAGCCCUCCCUGAGGAGCCGAGCAGCGACUCCUGCAACCCUCUAUCGGUAAGGCCUGUUGGGGCGCUCAUGCCCACAUCAUCAAUGGGGAUAGGGGACAGAAGGGGGAGGGGUUUGGCCUCCCUCACCCAUCACACGGGACCUCCAUCCCAUCUUACGCUGCGGGAAGGCUGUGCUGUUGUCUUCUCCCGGCCUGCAAGGAGCCACGGCGCAGUGCCCCUCUUUGUGGCUGGGGGGAGGCUGGUAAGAGGCUGACCUGCCCAUAUCGCAGUGACCCCUGGGGCUGACACACACAUCCCUCCUGUGUCCCCUCCCAGGAGCCUUUUCAGGUGUGUCGAAUAUCUUCAGCUUCUUGGAGUGAGAACGAGAACGUCAGUAUCAGGGAGCUGCCCCGCUGCCCGACUCCUGCCCGCCCUACCCUCAACCUCCCCUGGCCGGCAGCAGCAGCCUCCCCUCCAGCAGGCGGCAUCGCGCUGAGCUGGAAGGCCGCCUGGACCUGCUCCAGAAGCAGCUCAACAGGUAGAGAGGGUGUGUGUGUGUGUGGUUGUGCCCUGUAACUUCAGCAGAAUCAUUCCUGGGCAUUUGCUGGCAAAGGGAAGGGGAGGGUUGAAGGAUACUCCUCCUCCCCACCCAAGGCCAAGAGGGCCUUUUCUUGGUGUUGUCCUCUUCACUUUUCCAAGACCCCAGCCCCUUCUGGAAAAAACAGCCCCCCCCAAAGAGUUAGCUAGAAGGAGGGGAGGGGGAAACAACGGAGGACCCUUCAUGCCCGGAGAAAGCCAAUUGGAUGGGUGGAACAAGGAAGUUGCCACUGUUCUCACAUGGGACAGUGUGUGUGUGUGUGUGUGUGUGUGUGGUGUGUUGGUGGGGGGAGUUUCUUCUUACACAAAGGCACUGCAGAUGGAUGUGGAGGCAGUGUGUACCACGGCAGACAUCCGUGGAAGAGAUGCCUUGUUUGCCUGCCUGGGUCCCUACCCUCUCGGCCCACCUAGCAGUGGGAGCCAGCCUUGCCAGCCGUUUUACCUUCCUCUCGUCGCUUCCACCCAGGCUGGAGAACCGCCUGACAACGGAUGUGGCCUCCAUCUUGCAGCUGCUGCGCACCAAGCCAUCCUGGUGCCUCCCACCUACAGCGCCGUCUCCUCUCCGCAGCCCCCAUCGAACGCCGAGCCCACCUCAGGGGAGCACCCCCUGGCCCUCCCCCCCAUCCUGGCCCAGGCGCUCUGCACCCGGACACAGAUGCCUCAUUUUUCCAUCUCUCCGGGUGGACACUACCGAGUCUACUGAUGAGGUGGUGUUGCUGGUGGAGCCGCCCUGCGCGGCCCCUCGGCGCCUUUCUCUCACCGGGACAGCUGGGCUGCCACGGGGGGACCGGACUUGCCCUCCCGAUUGCACAGACACUGCUCGGACCCCGGCAGUUAAUCAACUCUGGACGGAGACCCAGAUGAGGUCUCUUCACGAUGGGGAGCAUACAGUGGACAAAGAUUGCCAGGAGCCUGCGCGACCCACCCGAGGGGCGGCUGCCUGGCAUGGCCGAGCAGAGCUAGCCACUCUCCCAUGAUGACGUUAGCUGGCCUAACAGCUGGGCAGAUCCCGGGAGGAUGCCUGGGGAACUGGCGGAAGGGCUGCAAGAACUGUGGACGACGACUGGUGUGAAGGACAUGAGGAUGUAGGCGGAGCCAACAGGACACUGACGGCAAGGAUCUGAACUUUGUGAUGUACCAUCCUUCAUGGGUUCCGGGGUUUCAAUCAACCUGGUGCUGAGUGGGGAGUCCAGGAGGAAAAUGGGUGCUCCUAUAGGGACCCCAAGCUGGAACCCCUGAGGAGGGCAGAGGGACACCUCCCCAUCUCCUUAUGGGGAGUCUUUGUGAUACUCGGAGGGCCCCCGUACCCCGCUUUCUUUUUUGAGAGACCCUCUCCCCUCCAGGACUUUCAUAAUCCAACCUUUGCUUCACCAAAGCGAUUCUCGGUGGUGUGGGGAGGCUCCAGCUGAGCAAUAAUUCCAAGCCCUUUGAGUCCAUCGGGGGGACCGUUCGAGAUCGGAGCAGCCCGCAUGGGAGAGCUGAGAUCAGACGGAAGUUGUGACAGUUGUGGACAGGCGGGUGUGGGUCAUUUACUGCUGGAUCACUCCUCCCCCUCUUAGAAACCAGGCUGUGUUCACAGCUCCUCCCCAUUACACAUGGGGCUGCAGGCAGGGCAUCACUCCCCAUCUCUGUGAGGGGGUGUGUUCUCUGCACAGUGCACCCCACUUUCCUCAGCCACUCCUAAAUGUUUCCCGCUGAUGGGAAAAACGGGGUGUAGGGGGACACAGUGGUGAAUGGGGGGAGGUCUCCUCCCCAUGUCCCAUUGCAUCCCCCUCCCCUUUAAAGCAGCAGCCUGCUGGAUGCAACCCCUUCCUGUCCUUCCCAUCGGUCCCCUCUCACUUAGUAGCAGGACAGCUAGGUUCCAUCAAGGGGGUGCUGACGGCGCCCCCCACACCGCAGGUUUCCAAGAUCCCCCUCUUCUCCCAGCUUGCCCCACACAUCUGAAUGACGCACGUUACAUCCCGCGCCCCCCUGCGCAUGCUGUCCUCGGCAGUAGCAACCAAUGCCCAAUAAACUUGGAGGGGAUGACUAAACCCCCUCCCCACAGGUCUGGUCUCUUUGUGGGGGGGGAUCACAGGGGAGGGCUGUGUGCUUCAGCCUGGAAGUUGCAAAGAUUGCCUGGAAAAGAGGAAAGAUGGUCAGAAAGUCCAGGCAGUCCUCGACUUACGACCACACUGGAGGCCCAAACCUUUGUCUCAAAGCGAGUCAUUGGUUCAGUGGACAUGGGCCCCUUUUUGCAACUGGUCUUGCCAAUGUUGCUAAGUGAGUCACUGCAGUUCUUAAAUUAGUAACCUGCUUAUUAAGUGAAUCUGGCUUUCCCAUUGAG